AUGUAUUGUUUAAAAAUCAAAAGGAUAAUUGUGCACAUAAUUGUGCAAAGAGAAGAAAAGUGCGCAAAGAAGAAAAACAAUAAGAGUAAAACUGUGUGGGUGUCCUAUGUUGUCGCUAUGGGUGUCAUUUCCAAAAACACUCAAGAGUUUGCAGAUGACAGACGUUAUUUCAAGGUACUUAAAGGUGGGAGGAUAAAGGAAACGAACAAAAUAGAGAAAUGAAAGUCUGUCAGUAAGUCAGUCUGUCAGUCAACGAAUGAGUGGGUUAGUUAAAUCUCAUUUUUCUUUUCCCGUCAACACCGAUGAUGAAAGGACGAGAUUUGAUCGAUUGAU